AGGGGGAGGCACUUGACACCGGCCCGAGAGAGGAGGGGCCGCUGUCCCUACGACCAGUGCUGGAUGCAGGGACCCAGCGCAGAAGCUGCGCCAGGUGGAGCCAUCAGAAGCCCAAACCCACAGGACAACUUGGGCAGGUCUCACCAGUGGGAUCAAUACCGAGAUCUAUGUUUAAGCUCUAACUCCUGCUUACUAAGGCCACAAGAAUUCCUUCCCCAAAGCCCAGCAGCCCCCAAGCCCCACGCAGCCCCAGCCUGCCGCCCACCACCCAGCUGCCCGCCAUGCCCUCCAGCGGCCCUGGGGACACCAACAGCUCCGCCCCAGAGCGGGAUGACGACCGAAAGGAAGGAGAGGGGCAGGAGGAGCCUCGAAGCAAGGAAGAGCGCCAGGAGCCCAGUGCCACAGCCCGGAAGGUGGGGAGGCCUGGCCGGAAGCGCAAGCACCCUCCGGUGGAAAGCAGCGACACACCCAAGGAGCCUGCUGCGACCUCCAAGUCCCCAGCCAUGGCCCAGGACUCAGGCUCCUCAGAGCUGUUACCCAAUGGGGACCUGGAGAAGCGGAGUGAGCCCCAGCCAGAGGAGGGGAGCCCUGCUGGAGGGCAGAAGGGUGGGGCCCCAGCUGAAGGAGAAGGUGCAGCUGAGACCCCAUCGGAAGCCUCCAGAGCAGUGGAGAAUGGCUGCUGUGUACCCAAGGAGGGCCGAGGCGCCCCUGCAGAAGAGGGCAAAGAACAGAAGGAGACCAACAUCGAAUCUGUGAAAACGGAGGGCUCCCGGGGCCGGCUGCGGGGUGGCUUGGGCUGGGAGUCCAGCCUCCGCCAGCGGCCCAUGCCGCGCCUCACCUUCCAGGCUGGGGACCCCUACUACAUCAGCAAGCGCAAGCGGGACGAGUGGCUGGCACGCUGGAAAAGGGAGGCUGAGAAGAAAGCCAAGGUAAUUGCCGUAAUGAAUGCUGUGGAAGAAAACCAGGGUUCUGGGGACUCACAGAAGGUGGAGGAGGCCAGCCCUCCUGCUGUGCAGCAGCCCACUGACCCUGCAUCCCCCACUGUGGCCACCACCCCUGCAUACGCACCACCUCCUCCAGCCAAAAAGCCACGAAAGAGCACAACAGAGAAGCCCAAGGUUAAGGAGAUUAUUGAUGAACGCACAAGAGAGCGGCUGGUGUAUGAGGUGCGGCAGAAGUGCCGGAACAUCGAGGAUAUUUGCAUCUCAUGUGGGAGUCUCAAUGUUACCCUGGAGCACCCGCUUUUCAUUGGAGGAAUGUGCCAGAACUGCAAGAACUGCUUUCUGGAGUGUGCCUAUCAGUAUGACGACGAUGGCUACCAGUCCUACUGUACCAUCUGCUGUGGGGGACGCGAGGUGCUCAUGUGCGGGAACAACAACUGCUGCAGGUGCUUUUGUGUGGAGUGCGUGGAUCUCUUGGUGGGGCCAGGGGCUGCCCAGGCAGCUAUCAAGGAAGACCCCUGGAAUUGCUACAUGUGCGGGCACAAGGGCACCUAUGGACUGCUGCGACGGCGGGAAGAUUGGCCUUCUCGGCUUCAGAUGUUCUUUGCCAAUAAUCAUGACCAGGAAUUUGACCCUCCGAAAGUUUAUCCACCUGUCCCAGCUGAAAAAAGGAAGCCCAUCAGGGUGCUGUCUCUCUUUGAUGGAAUCGCUACUGGGCUCCUGGUGCUGAAGGACCUGGGCAUCCAGGUGGACCGCUACAUUGCCUCAGAGGUGUGUGAGGACUCCAUUACAGUGGGCAUGGUGCGGCACCAGGGGAAGAUCAUGUACGUCGGGGACGUCCGCAGCGUCACGCAGAAGCAUAUCCAGGAGUGGGGCCCAUUCGAUCUGGUGAUUGGGGGCAGUCCCUGCAAUGACCUCUCCAUCGUCAACCCUGCUCGCAAGGGACUCUACGAGGGCACUGGCCGGCUCUUCUUUGAGUUCUACCGCCUCCUGCAUGAUGCACGGCCCAAGGAGGGAGAUGACCGCCCCUUCUUCUGGCUCUUUGAGAAUGUGGUGGCCAUGGGCGUUAGUGACAAGAGGGACAUCUCACGAUUUCUCGAGUCCAAUCCUGUGAUGAUUGAUGCCAAAGAAGUGUCAGCUGCACACAGGGCCCGCUACUUCUGGGGUAACCUUCCUGGUAUGAACAGGCCAUUGGCGUCCACUGUGAACGAUAAGCUGGAACUGCAGGAGUGUCUGGAACAUGGCAGAAUAGCCAAGUUCAGCAAAGUGAGGACCAUUACUACUAGGUCAAACUCCAUAAAGCAGGGCAAAGACCAGCAUUUUCCUGUCUUCAUGAAUGAGAAAGAGGACAUCUUAUGGUGCACUGAAAUGGAAAGGGUGUUUGGCUUCCCUGUCCACUAUACUGAUGUCUCCAACAUGAGCCGCUUGGCGAGGCAGAGACUGCUGGGCCGGUCCUGGAGCGUGCCAGUCAUCCGCCACCUCUUCGCUCCACUGAAGGAAUAUUUUGCUUGUGUGUAAGGGACAUGGGGCAAACUGAGGUAGUGACACAAAGUUAAACAAACAAACAAAAAAACACAAAACACAAUAAAACACCAAGAACAUGAGGAUGAAGAGAAGUAUCAGCACCCAGAAGAGAAAAAGGAAUUUAAAACAAAAACCACAGAGGUGGAAAUACCGGAGGGCUUUGCCUUGUGAAAAGGGUUGGACAUCAUCUCCUGAUUUUUCAAUGUUAAUCUUCAGUCCUAUUUAAAAAGCAAAACCAAACCCCCUCCCUUCUCCCCUUUUUGGGUCAAACCUUUUGUUUUCUUCUCUUUCAGAGGGGUUUUCUGUUUGUUUGGGUUUUUGUUUCUUGCUGUGACUGAAACAAGAGUGUUAUUGCAGCAAAAAUCAGUAACAAAAAACAGUAACGAUGCCUAGCAGAGGAAAGGCCAGAGAGAUGAGCAAAGGAAAUUCUAUAAAAAUCUAUAUAUUGGGUAUUUUUCUUUUUACUAUAUAUCUUUUCGUUAUUGUUGUCUCUAGCCUGAUCAGAUAGGAGCACAAGCAGGGGCAGAAAAUUAGACACUCGGGGGUCGAACUUCCUCCCCGCCCCUGAGCUGUCCUACCAGCACCAUUCCUGGUCAUGCAAACAGAACCCAACUAGCAGCAGGGAGACGAGAUCACCACACAAGAUACUUUUCUACAGUAUUUCAGGUGCCUACCACACAGGAAACCUUGAAGAAAACCAGUUUCUAGAAGCCGCUGUUACCUCUUGUUUACAGUUUAUAUAUAUAUGAUAGAUAUGAGAUAUAUAUAUAAAAGGUACUGUUAACUACUGUACAACCUGACUUCAUAAUGGUGCUUUAAAACAGCGAGAUGAGUAAAAACAUCAGCUUCCGUCUGGCCUUAUGUGCAAAGGGUUUUAACCAAGGAUGGGGAAAGGAACUCAGCUUGAAGACGGCUUACUGUCCAGGGGGGUUUCCCCCUUGGUGUUUAACAAGCUAAAGGAGGGGAAUUGAGUUGCAUUCCCUUGCUUCUCCCUGCCAAAAAGGGGCUCAGCCAGGGUGGUCAGAACCUGAGAAGCUGAGCGUGGA